CAGCACUUCUCCGUGAUGGAAGUAUGGUUCGAAGGAUUAUCCUAUACGUCGCCUCUAUCCAGACGACGACUCAUCGACGAUGUGUCAGGUCGCUUCUUACCCGGUCAGCUCACGGCCAUCCUCGGUCCUUCCGGGGCAGGAAAGACGACACUCCUUAACGCCAUCUCAGGAUUCAGGCGGAGCGGGAUGAGCGGUAAGCUGUCGGUGGGCUGCAGGUCAUGCUACAUCGCCCAGGAAGACGUCCUCGCCCCGAUGAUGUCCGCCGGCGAACUGAUGGAGUUCGCGGCAAAGCUCAAGUUACCUUCCAGCUACAAUUACAAACAGAGGACAACAGUGGUGGAGGAACUGCUGCACACCCUGGGUCUGGAAGACUGUUUUGACACCAGGACGGAGAACCUAUCCGGAGGCCAGAGGAGGAGGCUGUCCAUCGCCCUGGAGCUCAUCAACAAUCCUCCCAUCCUCUUCUUGGACGAGCCCACCAGUGGACUGGACACCGUCGCGGCUGCGCAGAUCAUCAGGCUGCUGAACAAGCUGUCGAGGGCAGGCCGAACCAUCGUCUGCACCAUCCACCAGCCAUCAGCAUCGCUCUUCGAGCUCUUCGACAGGGUAUACGUCAUGGCGCAGGGGAGGUGCAUCUACCAAGGAGGUUCCAGUGCGCAUCUCUUGUACUACCUCGCUGCCAACGGCUUCGUCUGUCCAACGCACUACAGUAUUGCUGACUACGUUAUCGAGCUGACCGAAGAUGAUAAGAACAUCGAGAAACUCAGCGAAGGAAUAAGAAACGGAAAGACAGCUUGGUUCUGCAAGGAUCUAGAUCAAAGUCCUGCGCCGAAUACUCUCGCGCUGACGAACGGUAACAAGGGCGAACCUGAAGUAACAGAGUACGACAAGUUGGACUGCGAGGAUCUCCUCGGUGUCAGAGUGUGUGCUUCCUUCUGGCUCCAGUUCACCGCCAUCUUGUCCAGGAUUUUUCUUCAAGCCCGGAGGAAUAAGGUGGGCCUCCAAAUCCAGUUCUAUCAUCACCUGGGCUGUGGAUUGGCGAUGGGGCUCAUGUUCCAUGACAAGGCAACCGAUGGGACAGAGUUCUUCAACCAGAUGAAGUUCUGCAUGGGCAUCAUCCUCUUCAUCACCUACACCCAGCUCAUGGUCCCUAUACUUUACUAUCCGUUCGAAGUGAAGUUGCUGAAGAUGGAACAUUUCAACCAGUGGUACCAGAUGUUUCCAUACUACGCUGCCUUCACCGUAGCCAAAUUUCCCUACAUGGCACUCCUCAACAUACUGUACCUCUCGCUGAUGUACUCCCUGUCAGGACUGCCCUGGGAGAUCGGCAGGUUCUCGCUCUUCUGUCUGAUCGGAAUAAUGACAGCGUUAGUUGCUGAAGCAAUGGGACUCACUAUUGGAGCUAUCUUCUCAGUGACGAACGGAACCGCCGUUGGCCCCAUGACGAUGGCACCGUUCUUCGGAUUGGCUCAGUACGGCUUUGACUUUGCAAGAACGAUGCAUCCUUGGAUGAAUCAUUUGGUCAGGAUGUCCUUCAUGAGAGCUGGAGUGGUCUCUAUAGUCCUGACGGUCUUCGGGAUGGACAGAGAUCUCCUCGAAUGUGAGCUGGACUACGAUCCCUGCCACUUCAGGGACCCCAAAGUGGUUCUCCACUUCUUGGACAUCGACAAGGUUCCGCUGUUCAGGCCACUCUUUGAUCUGUUCCUCAGCCUCUGCUUCUUCAGGCUGACUUUCUACCUGGCACUCAAGUGGCGACUUAGGAGAUAAUAAUAAUAAUAUAAAAAAAAAGUAAAUAUUUAUGUGAUAUACUCCGUGGCAGAUGUACUCUUGUUUAUAAAAGAGGAAAUGAGAAUCUAUCUGUACUUAGACAACUGUUAACUUCCUUAACCAUCUUAUAACAUCCUAUUAAGUUGGAUUUUUGUACCUGGAUAGCAACAUUCGUAACAUGCCUAUGAGGAACAUUUUAUUUAUGAAAAUGAUUGAUGUCCACGAAGAAAAGAAUUUUUAUCUUGCAGAUAGGAGAAAUAUCAAGGAAGUGAUAAAGGAUUCAAGAUGCAUUGUUGCAUUGCAUCCUUAAAAUGGACUAAAUAUUUGUCCUGUCAAAUGUACGAUGUGUAAAUUUGAUAUGAAUGUUUGUAUUUUAGUUUAUGAUGAAGAAUGUAUGCAUAUAUUUUUUUAUAUUAUUUUCAGUUUUAGGAAUAGUAUAUAAAGAAAACUGUUCUCUCUGUGAUUAAACAAUGUAUACAUAUAUGUAAAGUUUUUUCUGUAAUUAAAAUUAUUUAAUCAA